CUAAAAGGAACAAGGUGGAGGCCAUCACCUUUGGACCAGCCGACCUACCGAUGUCACCGGUCCCUCACAGGGAUGAGUUGGUGAUCAGCAUGGAUAUCAAUAACGCGGUCGUCCGCCGCGUCCUUGUUGACACGGGGAGCAGCGUGAACGUCCUCUACUGGGAGGCAUUCGAAGGGAUGAAGCUGAGGAAGGAUCAGCUGGCCCCCCUACGCACCCCUCUUUCUGGCUUCACGGGGGACUGCAUCGAUGCGGAGGGCACCAUCGGCCUCCCCGUGGAGAUCGGGGAUGGACCUCACACCACCCGCAUCCGAAUGACGUUCGUCGUGGUACGCCUGAAGUGUGCUCACAACGCAAUUUUGGGCCGGCCCGGCUUGGAAGAUCUUGAGGCCAUAUGCUCCGUGCGGCACUCAUGCAUCAAAUUCCCCACCGAGACUGGAGUGGGGGUAGCCCGCACGGACCCACACAUGGCCAGGGCCUGCCACACGAAGGCCAUGGAAAGGUUCAACGAGCGGGAAGCACGGGUCAACAGCAUCUCCGAGAAGGCCAGGCAAGCUGAUAACCGC